GGUUCUUCGAGAUUUAAUGGCGGCUUGUUUCCUGUAUCGUAGAGCUGUUGUUUUCUUUUCGGCAGUCUAAAGUCUGUUUCUUUUCGUUUUUGAAGGUGGUCGUGAUGGGAAAAGCGGAUUUUUUGUCCCCUAAGGCGAUCAGCAACCGUAUCAAGUCCAAAGGUCUGCAGAAGCUGCGCUGGUACUGCCAGAUGUGCCAGAAACAAUGUCGAGAUGAGAAUGGCUUCAAGUGUCACUGCAUGUCCGAGUCCCACCAGAGGCAGCUUCUGCUGGCCUCGGAGAACCCCACCAAGUUCAUGGACUUCUUCUCCAAUGAGUUCAAAAGCGAGUUCUUGGAGCUGCUCAGGAGACGCUUUGGAACCAAGAGGGUCCACAACAACAUCGUCUAUAAUGAAUACAUCAGCCACAGAGAGCACAUCCACAUGAACUCCACCCAGUGGGAGACCCUCACCGACUUCACCAAGUGGCUCGGCAGAGAAGGUUUGUGUAAAGUAGACGAGACCCCCAAAGGUUGGUACAUCCAGUACAUCGACCGCGACCCGGAAACCAUCCGGCGCCAGGAGGAGCAGGCAAGGAAGAAGAAGCAAGAAAUGGACGACGAGGAGAGGAGCGCCAGAUUCAUCGAGGAGCAGGUCCGAAGAGGCCAGGGCGGCAAGGCACCAGACACCGAGCCCGUUUACACAGAACUCAAACGGGAGAGUGAGGAAGAAAAAGUCGCUUUCAACCUGAGCGUUCCUGUGGCCGGCUCGUCCAAGUCCAGCUCGGCUCUGGGAGCGAGCGCCCUGACGGUAGCAGCAUCCUCCGUCAAACGGAAAGAAACGUCCUCAGGUUCCGAGUCCAGAUCGGAGAAGAAGAAGAAAUCGGCUCUGGAGGAGAUCAUUGAGAUGGAGGAGAAGAAGAAGAAGAAGCAGUCCUGGGCGUCCAGAACCGACUACUGGUUGCAGCCCGACAUCGUGGUGAAGAUCAUCACCAAGAAGCUGGGCGAGAAGUACCACAAGAAGAAGGCAGUCGUCAUGGAGGUCCGGGACAGAUACGGCGCCGUGGUGAAAAUGAUCGACUCCGGGGACAAACUGAAACUGGACCAGAACCACCUGGAGACGGUCAUCCCCGCCCCAGGGAAACGGGUCCUGAUCCUGAACGGUCCGCACCGGGACACCGAGGCGCUGCUGGAGGGCAUCGACGAGAAGAACUUCAGCGCUACGCUCACGCUGGACUCUGGUCCACACAAGGGGGACAGAGUGGAAGUAGCCUACGAAGACUUUUCCAAACUGGCCUGACCUUUGAACCUCGUCAGACUCUACUGUGUCAGAGUUUAUUCCCACAUCUGGACACAAACAAGCAGGGAGCCUCAGAAGAUUUUGGUUUCAUUGCUUUUAUUUUUGACAAUAUUGAUGGUUGAAAAUGUCCAUUUUGUUCAAAUAAAUUUGGUAAAUUUCUCUCUGUGUUCUGUGGAGAAGCGAAUAGAGUAGAUUUGUGGUGGAGGCGGUUCUUCUCCUGCCAGAGCCUGAAGGUCAGCAUCAGGGCAUCGGCAGGAAGCUGCUCAGACCCGGCAGGAUGUAGUCGCUGUAAUGGCCGUCGAUGAAGCCCUUACCGCUGUUAUGGAUGAACCAGCAGUACACGUUGGAGCCUCGCUUGCUGUCGUGUCGGUAGUCCUUCUGCCAGCCUCUGAAACACAGAGUCACAGAUGUUGGAGCUGCGGAAGUUUAGCGUUUGCUGUUCAGAGGAGACAUUCGGUACCUGGUGACCUGCAGCUUAUGACCCUUGACCUCCAUGGUGGCCUCCUUCUUCAGCGGGUUGGGUCCUGGGUGGACGUUGGACACGCUCACCUCAGGCUCUCUGGAGAACUGCCCUGUGAAAGAAAGAAAGAAAGAAGCUUUAGCAGAGAGCAGCUUCUCCAGGAGGCUGAGUUGUGUGAUUUUUCCGUCCCGGAGCCUCAGAACCAGUGACUUAAAACAAGAACCUGAUAAAGCAGGCCGGUUCUGCUGUGGGGAAUGUUCUGGAACCAGGCGACUAUUCACCGAGAUGAAAACUUCACAGCCCACCUUCACCUUUUCCUAUGACGGCAUGCAGCAGUAGAGCUUUGAUCAGAACUGCUGGGACACUGACCUCUACCGGAGACCCUUCCGUCUCUGAGGAACCUUGGAUGUUGGGAGUUCUGCUGUUUAUCUCAUAUUUGAAUUAAUAAAGUAUCGUUGAACUGAA